GUAAAGCCUGGAGAAGAAACAGAAACACAAAGAUGACAAAGCAGCAGAGCUCAACAGUCAAGAUGCAGCUCUGCAGCUGUCUGGUGGUCUCCUGGCUGCUGUCCACCAGUCUUCUGGAUUGCAGAGUCCACGGCAUCAGAGUCCAACACUAUCAUGUUCAGCAUCAUCCCGGAGGAGUAAAGCUGGGGGAGGAGCUAACAGCAAAACUACUUCGAUUGGACAACUUGAUGAGGAUGCAGAAUGAUGUUAUGGAGCCAAAGAGAAAAAGGAGUUUCCCUGGUAACAACGCUCCGAUGGACCGCCUCUCAGUCAGCUCCAUGGAGACCAAACAGGGCACAAAUAGGCAGAGUAAGGUAGGGGAGUUGCCACGGCGACGAACCAACCCAUCUCCCAUUGACAGGAUUGGAAUGAGUCGUCUACCAAACAGCAGAGGAUAGGGCACGCCCCCUUCCUGCUGAGAACGCACCCCCCUCACUGGACAGCCCCCUCUACUGGACAGAAGAGUCACCUGACACACCUGCUGACCACCUUCACUUCACCUGGACACGACCACACCUUAAAAACACACCACCAUGAAUGUUUAACCGUGCUGCAUUCAGGUGCUGCUACGCAUUUGUGUAAAUGUACUCAGUUGCUUUCCAGUGUUGCAACAGAUUUGUUAGCAUUUUCAGAGAUUAUUUGUAGAUUUUCAGAUUCGCUUUGAUCAUUUAGAAUUUUUUAGGCUGAAAAUGGAUCAUUUUGUAGCUUGAAGACAAAAGCAGAUCAGACUGAGCUUGCUAACCAUUGACAGUAAAAGUACAUUUACGCAAUAAUUCCGGUUGAUCAGCAUUUCAUACUUGUUUGUUCUUUGAUUCCUGAAUUUUUCAAUGUCACAGAUUCUCAAAAUUUAGUUUCUGUUAAAAAACAAACCAGAUAAAACAUGAUAUGCAGAAAGUUUAGGAAAGUUUGGGACAAUCAAUCAGGAAGAGAAAUAUCCAGACUGAAGCUGAUUUUCUUCAUUCUGCAAUCUUAAAUUAUUUUAAUCAAUAAUAUUUGAAAGUAUUCAGAUGAGAACAAAAAUAUAUGCUCUCUGGUAAAAUUCAGCUUUUAAUAUUUAAUUUCUUGUUCUGGUGACAUGAAUGUUCUUAAAACCAGCCUGAAUCUGAUGUUGGAGCAGUUUUUCGAGCAUCACCUAAAUGCACCAUCGCAUCUGGCGUGACUGACUGGAGGCAUUGACGCCUCGACUCAAAUCUCUGAUACGAAUCCACGUUUCUGCUUCUAGUUUUCUUCCCAGUAUCAUGAUUUCCACAGAAACACACGUAUAACGCAGGUGGAGAUAAAACCCAGAACGUUUUCUUUUGCUAGUGACAAAUGAGGUGGAAUUGAUUUAAUUUCAAUUAACAUUAAACCUGCCAAUAAUAUUUCUAUAUCUUUGCCCAUUUUAAACCUAAGUUUCCAAAAACUAGUUAUGUAAUAAGUUAUCGUGGUAUUGGUUGGUUAUUGG